GUAAUGGAAUAAGUGUAGGAGACAUAUUGUUUCGUGAGUGUAGGAGUGACUCUUCGUUUGCACUUGUGUGCUACCUCUCUCUACUCCUCUUGUGGCCUGUCUCUGGGGGGUUCACACUUCACCCUUUCUUUGAUUCCUAUGGAUCUUCAUGGAAACCCCCUGAAUUCUGGCUUGAAGAAGCGAAAGCAGGAACUGGAUGCUUUUACCAGUGAUCAUGGAAAUUCUAUGAAUGUGGGAGAGUCAUCUGGGAGUGGUGAUCUCUGCAAGACUUCUACCUCUGGAUCACUAAAUUCAAAUAAUCAAAUUGGUUCCAAUUCUGAUGUUUCAUGUCAAGAAGAUGAGGAUAUGAUUGAUGACGAUGAAGAUAUGAUUGAAGAUGAUGAAGAUGAAGAUGAUGAAGAUGAAGAUAAUGACUCUGCUGUUUUUUAUUACAAUGAUGUCGUCGUUGAAGAUGAUUUUUCAAGUAUGCAGGAUCAAUUGGACAAUGCGGAUUUGCCUCCUGGGGUUGAGGCAUCACUACCUUGGUUGAAGGACAUUUCUUCUAGUGAAAGCAAGCAGGCUGUUGCUGUUGCCCGUACAGAAUCUAGUUCCAAGGGAAAAGUGGAUGAAGCUGAAGAUUCGGUCAUGCAAAAGUUUCGACAAUUUAAGCAAUUUGGUACUGUUGAUUCGUUUCCGGAUCAUUUCUAUGAUAAGGAGGGAACAUCAGAUGCACAGAAGCCUAAAAAUUGGGCCAAAAAAAUUCAGGAUGAAUGGAAAAUUCUUGAGGAAAAUCUGCCAGAGACAAUCUUUGUGAGAGUAAGUGAAACGAGGAUGGAGCUUCUCCGGGCUGUCAUUGUUGGACCUCAAGGCACUCCUUACCAUGAUGGUCUCUUCUUUUUUGAUUGCCUCUUUCCUUCUACCUACCCUGCAGGUCCACCGAGAGUUCACUACCACUCAGGUGGCCUAAGGCUAAAUCCAAAUUUAUAUCAAUGUGGAAAAGUCUGCCUUAGUCUUUUGGGCACUUGGCAUGGUAGGAAUAGUGAAAAUUGGAUUCCAGAAAAAUCAACCAUGCUACAAGUCUUGGUUUCAAUACAAGCUCUAAUUCUAAACGAGAAGCCUUUUUUUAAUGAGCCUGGGUAUAUAUCGACAUAUCCUGGUGCGGAUGGGCAAAGAAGAUCUAAGGAGUACAAUGAGAAUACAUUUGUUUUAUCCUUGAAGACAAUGAUGUAUACUCUGCGUAAACCCCCAAAGCACUUUGAGGAGUUGGUUGCAGGGCAUUUUCGUACUAGAGCAUAUUUCAUACUGACAGCAUGUAAGUCAUAUGUGGAGGGGGCUGCGGUCGGGUCAGUUGUACAUAAUCUAGCUCAAAAUAGUGACAAUAGUUCUUCGGCGGCUAACGGCCAAAAUGAAUUUGAGUCAGCUGUGAGUAGAAUGAUGAAUACCCUUAUUGCAUUUUUCACCAAAAAUGGCUCCACAGACUGUGAUGAGUUUCGAUCUCCUGAGAUUUAUAAUUUGUCCUCUGUGGCUAUAUUAUAAACUUAGAGGUUUACAAGAUAGAGUCUGUCACAACAUUGACCCCAUGUGUGAAGGUCCUAGGUUGUUUAAUCUGAUAAUGAUGUGUAGUGGGUUAUCUUUUUCAUACUUUUUGUGGUGAUUUUUAUAUCCCACAUCACCAUCCGCGUUGCUCUGAUAUUAUAUAUACAACCCCUAGUUGUAAAGAUUUACAUGCUAGUCUAGCUCUUUGAAAGAUGGUUUCUUAUAAUUUGCAUGUUUCUUAAUAAAAUGUCAAUAGUUUUGAGAUUA